AUUUUGACAAAAUAAAUAACAAAGAAUUUAUUGAUUAAUAUAUAUUUAUUAAGAUAUUUGAUGACUAUAAACAACAAUAAAUAAUUUUACCUCUUAAAAAGAAUUAUUUUAAUAAUUGUGGUUUUUUCGUAGUUAGUUCAUUCAUUAGUAGAACAUUGUUAGUAUUAUUUGGAUUAAAAUUAGAAUUAAUGUAAGAAGUGUUAUGGAGAUUUGAUUCCUAAUCUUGAUAGAAACCACUGUGUUUGUCCUUAAUUUAUGUAUUUUAUACCAAGUAGCUUGGAAUGCACUAUGGUUUGCCCUCAUACACAGUUUGAAGACGACUCUAAUAUGACUUGCUCUGAAAUCCUACAAUGCCCUUAAUAAUUUUUAUUAGGAUAGUCUUUUUAUCAAAGCGAAAUAAGCGGAUUAGCUACAUAUAAUGAUAAAUAUCUAGCUUCUUUUGAUUAAAAGUCAGUAAUUUUAUGGGAUAUGGAGAAUAAAAUAUUAUUGAACUCCUUCAAGAGCAACCAAGUUUACGGAGAAGAAAAUAAUUUAUAGUAAUAGUCAUAUUAAAGAAAAGAUAAUGAUCCAAACUCAGAUGAUGAAAACUCAACAUAAACUCAAAAUGAAUUUUUUUUAGGAAUAAAAUUUUUAAAUGAAAGCUUUUUGAUUGGUUGGACAAACUAUCGCAUCCUGGUUUGGAAUGUUUAGCAAGGAUAUAUAGAAAAUAUUGUUGGAUAUAGUCUUAACUAGGUUAAUUUUUUUGUCAAAGAUGCUAGUUUUGGUUUAAAUAGUAUUAUGUUUAAAGAUGCUUCUUCGUGUCAAGCCAAUUAUUUGAUAUCAGAUAUUUUUGAUAGCGAUGAAACCAAAAUGUCUAAUGACGAUGGAAUUACAAGUUAAUCAUAUAUUAUUGACGAAAUUAUCUUGAACUGUAAUGAUACUGCUGCUAUACAAAUGCUCUAUAGUAUUGGUGAUAAAGUUUAUGGACUAACAUACAAAUAGAAUUUAUUUGAAUGGAGCUUUUCAGAUAAUUCUGGCAUAAUUAUAGAAGCCGAUCGAGUAGAUUAAUUUGUAAUGUCAGCUAAAAAAUAUAAUAAAAGUUUAUGGUAUCUCAAAAACUCUACUUUAAAUAUUAUAUCUUUGAAUAAGAUUGGCUAGUUUUAGUUUGAAAAAUAAUUUUCAAGUUUCAAUCUAAAUAAAUAUGAAAAUUAUACUUAUUUUGAUUUCAUCUACUUAGAAAAUAAAAAUCUUGUUUUUUUUAAGCUUGAUACAUUCAUUUAAAUUUGGUUUUUGAAUAAGACUGAUAAUUCGUUUUAUUGUAUUCAAGAGAUUUCUUAAUGUAUCGACUUGUAAAACUGCAAGUAUUCCAAUUAAUUAUUCUAUCUUAAAAACGAAUUAAGCGAAUUUUUAUUAGCAUAUUCAAAGAUAUUUAAUUCUGUAACAAUAUUUUCAAUCAUAUCUAAUGACACAGGCUAAAUAAAGCUAAUUUGUAAGAACCCUUUGGUUUUAGAUAAUAAGAUUUUUAUAUCUUCGAAAUACUUUUAUACAUAUGGCACUAACAUAAAAUAAUUUACUGACGGGGAACAACCUAAUUAAUAGUUUUAACUUUAAUAGCUGUUGGGAGAUGUAGCGAGUAGCAAGAUUUAUUCUUAAAAUUUUGAAUAAAUAUAAAAUGUAGCAACUUCGAGCUAUAACAUUAAUUUGUAUUACUCUCUUUCCCAAUAUAACUUAAUUGCAUGGAAUUUAUAUCAUGGAAAAGCUGUUUUUAAUUUACAGUUUUCUAGUGUUUAGCAAAAUAUGAUAGCAUAAGGGAACUUGUUAGUCACGGCUUCAGUGGCUUCAACUAUUUAAGAAGGGGCUAUAGAUAAAUACUAGAUUGUGUACUCUAUUAUUAUGGUGAGAUAGGAUGGAUUCUAUAAAAUAGGAGAAAGGUAUUUCGAAUAUAAUAAAGAUAUCAAAAACCUGAUGCUUUUCAAGCAACAAUAUUUAGUAGCUUCUAGCAACAAAUAAAUUAAAGUUUUCUAUAUAGGAGAUAUGGAUUUAGGUAAUUAGCAAUCGUAAAAUAGCAGUAAAGACUAAAGUUUUGAAGAAGAAAAUGAAUUCAAAAUUUAUUUUAACAAUGUUAAUGGAAAUUUCAUCUAAAUAUUCUUAAAUCAAGGUUUAAUCACAAUUAAAAAUUGCUUGAACAUAACAAAAAUUUUGUAUAAUAUUUAAAUUGAUGGCUUGAAUCUGUGUGAGAUCAUUAAAUAUUAAGAAAAUAGUUCCACGCUUAUUUUGGUGUGCACUAAUCUUUAGAAGAUCUACAUUUUGGAUGACACACUUUAGAUAAAUUAUAUUAUUUCAAAGAAGUAAAAUAAGAAAAAUAGUGUUUUAGGAUUAUAUUUUUCUAAAAAUUUGAAUUAGCUUACUCUCCUUCAGAGAGAGCGAUUUGUUAUCUAUGAUGUUGUUCAAAAAGUAGAAAUCUUUUUAUAGUAGAUUAAUGCAUAAAUAGUUAACUUAUGGUAAGAUUUUGCUGAUACAGGUAAGAUAUUUUUCUUAUAUGAUUAUAAAAGAUAUAUGAUUAUAGAUUUAUACAGCUCACAAAAGAUACUCAUUUAGGAUUAGUAUUCUUCUGCAAAUAUUCUAUCUAAAGUUUUCUAUGAUUGUCUAAAUGAUAGGCUUUUUUAUGUUUUUCAAAAUAAAACUAUUCAUCAUCAGCAGUUUGGAAACUCUACAACGAUCUUAGUCACAUCUAAUAAUAGCUCUAUUACUCCAUUUGAUGCUAAAAAUCAAAAAGUAUUUUUAGAAUAGAUAGAUAAUUUUAUAAUUGUGUCUAAUGCCCAAAAUAAUAAGCUAAGAAUUUACGAUUAUUUAAAAAAUACUUAACUAGUAUUUUCUGUAGAUUACUAAUUUACAAUAUUUAAAAUUGUUCCUUUUAAAUUCAUGCAAUAACUCUUAUUAUUCUCAUCAUAAAGAAGUGAGGUUAUUCUUGUAGACUUGAAAAUGGUGUCAGAGCCUAAUUAUUAACCUAAUAUUUACAAUCUACCUGAAAAUGCUCUCUCAAAUGUGAGAAUAAUUGUUGAUUAAGAUAAUAAUAAUCAUAUAAUUUGCUAUUACGACUAGCUAUCAUAAGUCUUUCAUAUUUAUUCCUUUCCUAAUAUAAAAAAACUUUACUCUGUAGAUAUGAAAUAAACUUUUCUUUUUGUAACUCAAUUCUUGGAUUUAUAAAUUGAUAUUAUUAAUUGCUAGCUACAAAUUUUAGCUAUAAACUAUUAAGGAAUUUAUUAUGUUAUCUUCUAUGAAUAUUAAAAUCAAGAUUUCUCUUUUAUUACUAUUUAAGAUAAAGCAAAUGAGUUAAUCCCAAUAGAAUACUCUCAUCUUUAUGUAGUAGGAAUCUAUUAAGACAAAAUCACAUUUUAUGAUAGAAAAACUGGUGAACUCUACCUAUAGUUUUAGCCUUCGAUUCCCUCAGCACUCUCAGCCACUUAUUCUGUUGACUUACUCUUCCAUAUUUUUUACUCUAAUUCUAUGGGAGUUGUUUUAGACUUUGAAAACGAAGGAAACAAAGUAUUUUAUUAUACAGAUUGGCCUGAGCAAGUUAAAAAAUUUAUGUGCUUUAGAGAUUUAGAUUUUGUUUUAUUCAUAGAAGUUUCAUCAAUAGCAAUAGCUAAUAAAAAAAGCGGGGAUUUAAUUUACAGAUAUAGAAUGCUUGAUGACUAAAAUCAAUAUUUAAAUUAUAAAUACAUUGAAGAAAAAGGAUUGGUUAUCGUCUAAUUUAUGAAUAAUUUAGUUGGAUAUAAUAUAUUAAAUUUGCAGCUUUAAUUUGACAUUUAAAUUUACCCACUAUCAGGUUCAUUUUUAUACAAGUUGGAUACUCACAUGAUUUUGUUUUGCAAUAAAUCAGAUGGAACUCUUUAGUGGAUUCCAUACUACUCAAUAAAUCAGCUUUAAGCUUCCCAAUAACCCAACAACUAAUAACUUAUUUUAAAAAUAACAUCUACAUUAUAUCUCAUGAUAGAUGAUGAUAUGGUACUUUGGAAAUACAUAUUGGGACCAUUUGAAAGUUACAAUUUUAUAGCAAAGUUUGGUAACUUAGUAAUAAGCAUGCAUUUGCUUGAUGGGUUAUUUCCAGUAAUAAUUUGUUAAAAUGCUGCUUAUUUUUUUAAUUAUGAUUUGAAUGGCUUAACUAUUUAUACUCCAUAGAGUUAAUUCAAUUAUUUUUUAGUAUAAUAAAAUUAAAUUUUUGAAGUAGGUAUUUCUUCCAUUUUUAGAAUUAAGCUUUUACAAAUUAAGAAAACACUAGAUAUUACAGUUGCUAAAAAAGAUAAAGGGCCAAGUUAUUAAAUUAAUAGUAUCAAUAUUAUGGAUGAAUAGUUUGACUACAAAGGAAUAAUAAAGUGCAUAUAGAUUUAAAAUACUGAUAUUGGUAUAUUUUUAAAUUCUAGCAAAAAGUAAAACUCCUUUAAAUCUUAUGUUUUAGAAGAGUAUCCCAAAAAUAAUUUUAAUUUGGUUGCUGUUAACUCAUUUUCUUUUGCUUCAGAUAUAUUCUUUAUUAAAGCUCUAUCACCAGAUAACAUUUUUGUAAUUAAUUCUUAUUCAAUAUACAAAUUCUCCAUUCAAGGAUCCACACGUUCUUCACAAUAAGUUUUCAAGUAGAUAGCUUUAGCUGAAUUGUAGUUUAUGAUAGAUCAAACAAAAUUUAGCGAUAGAUAUGUGUUUAUCUUAUCUAAAAUAGCUAGAAAAAUUUUAGUUUUAGAUAUAAAAACUCUUUAAAAAGUGUAUGAGAUAUUUACUCCAGGUAUUUAAAGCUAAAUUUAAAUUGUUUAGUAAUAAUAUUUUGUAGUAUUUACUGCUUACUAAAUAAAUUUUUAUGAGCUAGAUACAUUAUAGUUAAAUCAAAUAAAAACUAAUUUUCCCUUUGUUAAAUUUAUUUUUUAUCAACAAGGAGACCCGUUUUUUGUCAUAGCUACUUAAAGUAAAAUAGUUUUUUUAAGUUAAGAAUUUGUGAUCGCUUAUAGCUAUUAAGUAGAAAAUCCUAGGCUAGUUUUUUACAAUAUAUCACAAAAAUUAGGAGUAACAAGUAUUUAGAUGCAAUUUUUUAGCAACUUAGGCUUGCAUAUCUUAGACGUGCCUUUAAAUUAUAUGAGUAUUUAACCUUUUAAUAAUUGCUAUGUAGACUUUAACUCUGAUAUGAAAAAGUAUUAGCAAAAGUAAAUCAUCAAUAGGAUAUAACCAUGUAUAUAAGCAGAAAACUAAUUUGAUGGUAUUACAAUAAACUAUUUUCUUAACUAGGGAGAAUAGCCUUUUAUGAUUAAUGAAUUGACUGAGUUUAAAUAAAAAUUGAGAUUUAGACUCUUUCCUUAUAUUUUAGUAAAAGAUGACAGCUAAGAAGAUAGCUUUUCUUUAGAUUUUUUAGUUUUUUCAAAAUAUUUAAUAAAAAGCUUGUUAGUGAAUGGGUUUUUCCUUUAAGCUCCCUCAUUAAGUAGAAAUAAUAAAUAUUCUUAAUAUUCAUAAAUAGUUAUAUUAUAAAAAGUUAAUAUUUUUGAUAUUUCUUAUCAGAAUAAUGGAUUUUAUUUAUCUGACUAAUCUCUUUUAAUAAUUAAUGAUUUAGAUUUAAAAAAUUUAAGAAUUGUAGGAAACCCCUUGUUUAGAUUCAAAGGAUAGUAAUAAAUAAUCAUUAAAAAUCUUUAAAUGUAAAAUUUAACUGUAGAAAUGAACUUGUUUGAAUUCUAAGGACAAAGUAAUUUGACAAUAGAAAAUGUUGUAAUAAAAAAUAUUACAUUGAAAGAAAUUAAUUUAUUUUAAAUGACAAAUGUUGAGUCACUAUAAAUAAAAAAUCUCUUUAUCUAAGACUGCCAGAGUUAAAAUAUAAAUAAUAAAGUUUUUGAAUCAAAUGUAGAUGAAUAGAUGUUAGCUAAUUUUAUAUUUUCUAUAAAUGGAAUAUAUAAUUUAUAAAUAGGCAAUGUAACUUUUCAAAGGAUGAUAAAUACUAGCUUUAUUUUCUACAAUAAUGUCUACUCAAAUGAAAAAUCUCACUAAUCCCUUAAGUAUGAGUCUAUUGAAAUGUAUGAUUUGUAAAUUUAAAACAAUUCAUGCAAUUAGCAGCUCAUUAAUAUUAAAUCUAACAAUUUUAUCCUUUAAGAUUCCUAUUUUUUCAAUAAUAAAUGCUAAACCUGCGUUUUUGGUGCAACAUUAUUCUUAUUUUAAACAAACGCUGAAAUGUUUAAUGUUACUAUGAAAAAUAACACCUCAGUGAGUGGUGCAGCAAUUUUUGCCACUACUCACUCAAAGCUAUAUAUAUAGCAUCACUCUUUUUUCUAAUUUAAUGAAGCCUAUGCUUUUGGAGGCGGAAUAUUUUUAGAUUAAUCUGACCUCUUUAUUGAUUCUACAAGCUACUUUAUAGGCAAUAGAGCUAACAUUGGAGGAGCUAUAUUUAAUCAAAAUAAUAUAUCUUGUAAAUAAAUGAUAGGCGUUUAUAAACAGCAACUGAUUAACAAUUCUGCUUUAAUAUAUGGUAAUAAUUGUGGGUUUAUGCCUUCAAAAAUAGUAUUGCAAGAUUUUUAAGAUUAAAUUAAAAAAGAUGAAAAUAAUGAAUUUAAUUAUACUUUGUCAAAUUUUAUGAGUGGAGAUAUCAUUGAAAUUAGAGUUGUUUUAUAUGAUGAUGAAAAUUCUAUAGUGAAGAUCUCUAAAUACUAACACUCCCACUAUCUUGUCUAAUCAUUUUUGUAAAGAAUAAAAAUUCUUACUAUUAGUUGUACAAAUAAUAUUAAAUUAGCAGGUUAGAUGAUCCUUAAUUACUAAAAUACAGACGUAGAUAAUAAUUAAUGGAUAUUUGAUGAUAUUAGAAUAUUAGGUACUCCUCUUGAUCAAGGUUUUAUCUUUUUAUACCUUGAAAAUUUACUCGAAAACAUUUCUAUCGAUGCUCCUUUAUAUAAUUUAUCUAAAAAAUAGUUAGAUAAAGAUAUUGAUGUCAUUCCUUACAAUAUAGAUCAAACAAAUUAAAUGUAAAAUAUAAUAUAGAUCAAUGUAAAUUUUAGACAAUGCAAUAUAGGAGAAAUUUUGAUCUAAGAAAAAUAAUACCAAAUAUGUUAUCCUUGUCCAGAAGGUUUCUAUUCACUUUAAGCUGUUUCUUAAAUCCAAAAUAGCACUCAUCUAUGCUUAAAGUGUCCAGAAUAAGCUAGAUCCUGCUAAGGAAGCCUUAUAUUGCUCAAAAACGGUUACUGGAGAUAUGAUAAUUACACUGAUGAUAUCUUACAAUGUUCAUAUAAUCCAGAUAAUUGCCAAGCUGAAAGUGAAGAAAGUAGAUUUUAUUGUAAAUAAGGAUUUGUAGGACCUCUUUGUGAAUCUUGUGACAUUUAUGGUAAAGUAUGGGGUGAAAGCUAUAUGAAAUACUAAAGAAACUGUUAUAAAUGCAGAGAUAUGUCUACUUUCCAGUAUUAUUUUCCUCUGAUAAUUAUUUUUUUUGUAAUGAUUAUAUACAUUGUUUUCUCGAUAAAACUUGCCAUUCAAAUGGCUUAAGGAUUUGCUUACUCUUAUUAUUUAAGGAUGAUAGGUAUGAUAUCAUUAGGAAAUAGCGUGAUCAAAGAUUUAUCUCCCUUUUACAUAAAGCAACUUAUUCAUUUUUUUUAAAUUGCAAAUAUUAUAAGUUAUGAAGAUUAUUAGCUGUAAAAAAUAUAUUAUUACAUUCCAAACACUGUUUCAAUACCGAUUGGUAAUUUCUUAUAUUCAUUUGAUUGCUUAUUUGCUAAGGUAGAUGAAAGUAAGAUCUAAAUAGCGUUUUUAAGGAUAAUUUGGAUUUUUAUAAUACCUCUUAUUUAUGCUAUUUCUAUUGUGAUAAUAUAUAGUAUUAUGCUUUUAUAUAAGUAAUAAAAAUUCAAUAAGCUAUUUUUUAGUAAUGGAUUGUUUGUUCUUCUUAUUUUCCUACAACCAAAUAUUAUCUCUUCACUACUAGAAACAGUGUUUUGUAGAGAAAUAGGCAAUAAAUUAUAUAUACAGGCUGAUAUAAUGAGCGAGUGUUUAAGUCAGAUGCAUUUGAAAUCAAUUGCUGUGAUUUCUAUUCCAGGCCUUAUAUUAUGGAUUUUUAUAAUUCCUAUCGGUAUUUUAAGAAAACUAUGGAAAAAUAAGUAGAGAUUAGAUAGUGUGUCGAUGAGAUUUAAUUUUGGAUUUUUAUUUUAAGAGUAUAAAUAAAAAUUUUACUACUGGGAAUUCAUAAAAUCUUACAAGAAAAUAUUCAUAGUUUUAAUUCAUACUUCCAUUUAAAAAAGAUUUUUCAUUAAAUGCUCUAUGAUUGGCGUUACUUUGCUUGCUUAUUUGAUUACUAGCAAUUAAUAUAGGCCAUAUAAAAUGAAUAGAUUUAAUAGAAUAGAUAGAUUGCUUAUCAUUGGUUUAAUUUUUUUAAUUUUUAUAAAUAUGUGCCAAUAUGAAGCUAAGUAUCCUGUUACUUAGAUCAUAUGUCUUAUUUUUAACAUUAUUGUUUAUUAUGCAUUUUUGAUUUAUCUAUUUUAUAUUUCAGUUAGAGAAAAGCUAAUGUCUCAUUUUCAUACUCACAUAUUAAAAAUAAAAUCUAUUCUAAAAAAGAAAUAUCCAAGAGUAUUUUCUUGUUUUGAUACAACAGAGCCCAUAAAUAUCCUCAGAGCCCAUAAAAACUGGAAAAAGGUAGUUAAUAUAGUUAAAAAUAAGAGAUAUUUACAGCUACAUAUAGAUAGAAUAUUAUUUAACUCUUAAAGCAUUUAAUAACCUUAAGCAAUCUAUGGCCAUUCUUAGGGCCAAAAAAAAUAGGAGAAUUCAAAUAUUUAAGGAUAUUAUGACAAAUCAGUUUGUAAUAAUAAAUUUAAUUCAAAAGAAAUUAUUAAUUUAGAUGUCCAAAAAGAAAAAAUAAUGUUUUAAGGAGAUUCUUAACCGUAAAGUAUUAAUUUUGAUUACAUCUAAACUAUAUAAAAAGAUAAUAAUACUUUGAAUCGUUUGGGCUCAGCAACUAGCCAAAUACAUUCUAAUAAUUAUUUAUUUUAGGCAGAAAAUUAGGAAGUUUUUUCAAAUUAAUUUACAAUUUAAGUAGUAAAUAAUAAUAAUGAUAAUAAUUUUGAAGAUAAAGAUGUGAGAAAUUUAAAAAUUUUAAAUAAUAUAGAAUUAUAAAACAAUUCUUUUAAGCAAAAUGAGGAAUAAAACCCUUAGUUGAAUCCAAAUAAACAAGUAAGUUCAAAUAAUAAAACUGUAAUGAAAGAUAACGAAAACUAAGUCUUAAAUAAAGUUUUUGAAAAAUAAAAUAAAAAAUUCUAAAGUUUUUUAAAAAAACAAAAAGAGGAGCAAUUGUAAAAUAGUAACCAACAAAAAGUUUAAUCCAUGCCUUUAAUAUGUGAUUUUAUAGACGUGAUCAAUAGUCAAUAAAAAAGUAAUACAGAUUAUGAUUAUAUUUAUUAGAAUAAAUAAGAAAUUAGCAAUUAAUAAGAAACUUUUUCUGACCAAAAACAAAUGCAAAGUAAUAAAAGCUAAGAUAUAGAUAAUCCAUAUUAAUUUAAUUAAAAUAAAUAAAAUUAUACACGAGUUCUAAAUGAUGGCAAUUAAAUGUUUUAAAAUACUUCAUAAAAUGCAGAAUAAAAGUAAGUAAAAAGGCUUUAUCAAAAUUUUGAUAAAAAAACUGAAAAGAAAUUAUAUUAACCUUCGAUUCUAUUAAAUGAUACACUUGGUAGAGAUUAAAAAAUCAACAAUAAAUUCGUCAAAAGGCUUUACAAUGAUUCAAACAAUGUCUAAAAUUAUAAUAAAUAAACAGCAGUCAAUUAAUAAUAAAAUAAAGGUAUGAAAAGUUUAAACUAAAAGUAAAUAAUUAAUCUUAACCAAGUUAACUUUGAUAAAUAAAGUCUCUCUAGCUAAUUUAAAAUGCAAAGAAUGAAUACUAAAAGAAGAAAAAAUGUAAUAAUAUAGCAAAAUAGUGAUAGCAGCAGCGAUGAAGAAGAUUCCUUAAAUUCAAGCAGUGAGGAAGAGAUUUAAAAUAAUAAAUUCUAAAACAAGCAAAAUGUUUUGGGAAAUUGA